CUGCACCCGCGCCGACUGCAAUUCUCCCCGAUCCACACUACUCACCUGCUAGAUAUUCCUCGUGCAAGCCGCUAUGUCUUUGGACACGAGAGCAUUAUACAUAGUCUACUGUGGUGUCGCAGUGGCCGUUUUGAAGGAGUUCAAUGCCGUAGUUACUGAGCCGUACAUGGAUGAACCUUUCCAUGUACCGCAGGCAUUGGCUUACUGCAAGGGUGAAUGGUCAACUUGGGACCCAAAAAUCACCACACCACCGGGACUAUACAUACUUAGUGUACUGCUGCACUGGGUCUUUAUGUUCAAAUGCAACCUAAAUUUGCUACGUCUCACCACUACCCUUACCCUCUUUGCACUACCGCUUGUCCUCACGCGAUUGCUGGGAUUCCAUCAGCGACGUCGUUCACCACCAAAAUUAGCACCCUCGAUCGAGGCACUUGUUUUGUCUACCUUUCCAAUAGCGUGGUUUUUGGUUCCAAGUCUUGUUUCCGUUUUGUGUACCGUAGUUGCUGCAACGCAGAAUAGGCACUGGCUUGCUGGUUUGCUAGGAAUUGUGAGCUGCCUCUUCCGUCAAAACAAUGUUAUUUGGGUACUGUACGCGUAUGCAGCGAGCCAGCUCAUGCGUUUGCGAUUCAAACGUGGAUACGUCGAACUACACGAUCCCCCCGCUUUGGGCGCUGGGCCGGGUGACUUUCUUCGAUCGAUCAUGAGUGCCCCCAAAGCACUACCUGAAUUACUCCCCGCGUUUACUCCUUAUGCGGUGGUUCUCGCACUUUUCGGUGGUUUUGUGAUUUGGAACGAUGGCAUCGUGCUUGGCGACAAAUCCAAUCACGUUCCUUCAUUUCACGUGCCACAGUUGUACUACUUCAUUGCGUUUGCAACGAUGAUCGGGUGGCCGGCAGUGCUUUGUGGUGAAAGCGGCCCGUUGAAGGUUGCCACCGAGGUCAUUUUGCGCAUGUUUGGGAAUAAAAGGAGAACGCUUCUGACGGCCAUCAUAUCGAUCUUCAUGGGGAUUACUAUCCAGCGUUUCACUAUUCAUCACCCGUUCCUCCUAUCCGAUAACCGUCAUUUCACCUUCUAUAUCUGGCGUCGAGUAUUCAUGCUGCAUGCGGCAGUACCUUACCUAUUUAUUCCGGGGUACCAAGUGUGCGCCUGGGCGUGGUGGAUUCGUGUUGCCCGUGAUCAAUCUCUGUUGCAGACGUUGGUCCUGCCCGUUUUAAUUUUGCCUACAUUGCUGCCUACUCCCCUGCUGGAACCGCGUUACUUCCUGGUGCCAUAUAUCUUGCUCAGGGCUCAGGUUGUGGAUGUGCAGCCCUACGGUAUUUUUGUCGAGGGCUUUUGGUACAUGGUAAUAAACGUGGCGACUACAUAUGUGUUUUUAUACAAAGAACGAGUGGGAGUUGGAAGAUUUAUGUGGUGAUGUAUCUAUGUACGUAGAGUAAUAAUAAAUCGAGUGGACAGGGGUCAUAUAUUUGGACCCACUGAUGCAAA